GUGAUCUGUGUCCCUUGGACACAGCGGAUCACCGAUCCACGGAAAGAGCCGAAGAUUUUGGCUCAGUCAUGUGAUCAGCUGUUCCAAUCACAGCUGAUCACAUGGGACAUGUACACUGAUCAACAGGGCACUGAUGAUCAGUGUGCCCUGAUGAUCUGUGUAGCCCCAGCUGUGCCACUGGUCAGUGUCCAUCAGUGCCAGCUCUCAGUGCUCAUCCAUGCCACCUGCCAGUGCCACAUCAGUGCCACAUCAAUGCCACAUAUCAGUGUCCAUCUGAGCUGCCUUUCAGUGUCACCCAUCAGUGCCAGUCAGUGUCACCUAUCAAUGCCAGUCAGUGCCACCUAUCAGUGCCAGUCAAUGCCACCUAUCAGUGUCAGUCAGUGCCCCCUAUCAGUGUGCACCAGUGCCGCAUAUCAGUGCCCAUCAGUGUUGCCUAUCAGUGCCAGUCAGUGCCACCUAUCAGUGCCACCUAUCAGU